GCAGUAUUUGGGACAUUUGCACUGUAACAUUCGCAAACUCCCCGUGUCCAAAGCGGUUCGGUUUGGUUUCGGCCCUUGCGCCGUGUUUUGGCUUCGGCUGGCCGGGCUGGCUGUGGUGGCUGUGGCUUGAAGAAAGCAGAGGGAAAAAUCCAUAAAGCCUCAGAAUCGGGUGCUGGCUUGCGACACCUGGCUAAAGAGUGCGCUUAAAAGUUAGCACUACAUUGAGUAAUGUUCAAGCUAAUUUAAUCAAACUAAAUUUUUACCCUUCCCUUGGUUUUCACAGAUAUUCUUCUCAUAUUUUCUUAAUGCGCUACGACAUUAAUGGCACCCUGGCGGUGGCGAGUCAAAAUUGUUCAAAGAUGGUUGCCCCGUCGCCCGAUGUAGCAGCCGACCCGACCAUCUGACCUCUGUUCAAAUGAAUGGACGUUGUAAAUUUACAGCGUCCGUCCCCUCUUGGGCAGGACAUGUAGCGCAAUGCGAACUCGUAACUUCUUUGUGUCUAGCCUUCCACAAGAGGACAAACUAAGACCAUCGCCUGCUAGGCGAUCAUGCGGUUUCGGUUGCUUUCCAUUCCGCGAACUGCAUGGGGAACAACUCUCAGCAGUCGGCAGUCUGCUUCGCGCAAGUCGCGGACGCUGUACGAUAUCCUCGAAGUGACACCGCAAGCCUCGGCAAACGAGAUCAAGGCCGCCUACUACAGACUUUCCAUGAAGUACCAUCCGGACAAAAACAGAGGCAGCGACACGUCCAACCAACGCUUCCAAGAGAUCACGGUUGCGUACGACACUCUGUCCAGCGAGGCCCUAAGGACAAAAUACGACGAGGAAACGAUUGGCACGCGGUCGCCGCUGCGCCAAUCCAGAGGCCCCACCACCGACUGGCAGCGGCCGGGCAAGAAGCCAAUCAUGAAGGGACGAACGCCGAUCUACAACUUCGACGAGUUCUACCGGCAGCACUACGGCGACGCCGUCAAGUCCUACCAGGAGCGUAAGGCCCAGUACGAAGAAGGUGUGCGCGAGGCCGCUCGGGAAAAACCGGACAGCGUAUUCUACGUUAACGUUAUGCUUCUGUUCAUGGUCUUUUUGAUCGCUUUCGAGGCCUGGCACAACGGACACGACGUUCCUAGUGCGCCACCUCCCGACGGCGGUGCGACAAACACCGGCAAGGACAGGUGAAGGUGCUGCAUGGU